CGAGACCAUUCGACACCAAAAUGGCUUUGGGAGUUCGACAGGCCCUAAGAGCAACAUUGGCUCUACGAACACUGCCUACUAGGCUUGUAUAUGCACAAAGAACCAAAUUCCAGAAGCCAGAUAUACAUGUGUUCCUGAGAGAAGAUAUUGCGGGAAUAGGUGACAAAGGUGAAAUUGCUCUUGUCAAUCUAUCAACAGCACGCAAUUACCUCGUCCCAUUCGGUCUCGCAUAUUACGUCCCAAGAAUAAAAGGGAAGGCCGUCCUACCUGAUGGAUGGGAACCACGGAUUCGAGAAGAUGAUGUCGUGUUAGAGACGAUCACACCCGCCUAUUCUACUGUAAAAGUUGAACAACGCAAAACUGUCACUGUCACCGCCACCAACGCUGAAACUUCUAAACCAACCCGAGAAGAGCGUGCCCAACAGGAAGUCGAGAAACUUGCUGCUCUUGGCACUAUUAAAGAACUUGUCUUUGAACGUGUCCUUCACAGACCAGAGUCAACAAAGAUUUAUGGUUCUGUGUCACAGGAGGAUAUCAUCAAAAAGCUAUUGGCUGAACAUGGAGUAUCCAUAGAUCGAGACGCUGUGCAGCUGGAAACUAAAAUCAAGGACGUUGGUGUUUACAAGGUUACCGUGUCGCUGGGAGAUGGAUUCAAGCCUGUGGACGUUGACAUUAUCGUUCGCGGUGCAUCUACGACACUAUAAGAUGCUGAGUAAGGAUGGAGAAAUACCAAGAAAGAAGUAGAUAGCAUCCGCAUAAGUCUAGUCGUUCAUUAAGCGUUCAUAGGGAUUUCGAUUCAUUAUUUAAAAGACCCUUGUGUGCAAAAUAUACAAUGCAAAUACUGAAAUACUCGACGUACAAGACAUUACGAGCGUCAACUAUACAACAUGUACGGUUUCAGUGCUACAAAUAAAGAUAUUAAUCC